AUGGGAGCGUUCGCCCUCAUUGCUAUCCCGUUCCUUCCGAGUCGGCUCGACGUCUUCCCGUUCAGCGUUGGACAAGAAAUCCCGGAUGAAGUACAAGAUAGCGAUGUGAUCGCAUCCUCUCCGAUGUCAGCAUCAGGUCAAGGCUGCAGAACGCAGGCUUGCAGUCGCGAAGCCCGAUCUCUUCUAAACACAUUGAACAGCUCUUUCGACCCGUGCGACGACUUCUACCUGUAUGUCUGUUCUAACUGGAGAAAUCGCCACAGUGCAUAUUCUGAAGAAGCAAAGACUUCUGUCGAUGACGUUCUCUUGUUCCAAUACAGCGAUCUGGUUGGGAACAUCCUCCACAAUUCACACUCAGCAAUGCCAGCGGCCAAGCUAGUGUUCGAUACCUGUAUUCACCCGCCUAAGUCUCUGUUCCCAGCUAUGAGAGACAACCUUCUGUACCUGAUGCGUGUGCAGAACUGGCCGUACCUCCGCACGCACCUGUCAAAGAUAUCGCAAGAGGACGUAUCGGCCAGAAUCGGUGCGUUGUAUCGUUACCUGGGCCUGGACAGUCUCUUCCACUUUUCCGUACUCGAGGGUACAUCAAAUUCCGUGCCUGUCAUCGGCGAGCCCGACCUCCUCAUCGGCAACUUUCAAGGGCCACUCAGGUCGUACGAAUUUCUCACGACCGCAUUUACUUCGGUGAUGAAUUGGAUGAAUAAGUUCGCUGACACAGACGUCGCUUUGUUCGAAGUCGAACUUGCGAGGAGGAAGGUCCUCGCUAGUCAUUUGAACGAAUGCGUUUUGAAGCGGUGCAAAAGACAGAUGGCGACGGAUCUUCCCGCCAAUAAACUAGUCGUUUGGAAAACGAUCUUGGAACGAGCGUUUGAUGAACAAGUCAUGCUCAAGUCCAACGGAGAGGUGAGAGUAGCUAGCCUAGAUUACCUACUAAGUUUCAACGAUACUCCGACGCUGCCGAGGAAGUCCGACAUUUUAAACUACAUCGUAUUUCGUGUCGUGAUGGCUCUGUCACCUUUAAUACAUAACAACACGCUGCGUCGGGAGCUAGCAUCGUUGGCGUACGCCGCACACCCGCCGUUUGCUCCCUACCAGCCAGACGUUCACUACUGCGUUCGGUUCCUGGAUAGGUUUGAACCGUACGUGCCAAUGUUGCUCGCUUACGACGAGAGCGUGCUUUUAGUCGGCUACGAUACCCUUCAGGGACUCCUACUGAACGACCUGAAGAACGCAUUCAACGAAUUUCUUUCGAGCGAGAUUACCUUUUCUGGUACUUUCAAGAACGGCUUGCUCGAAAGACUGGCGAAGAUAAGUUGGGAACCUGUGGUGCCGCAGGCGCUCUUCAGCAAGGAGUUUCGCAAGAGAUACGUCGAUAAGAUGUACACUGGCAGUCCUGUUCGUCCCCUCAAUGAUUUUUAUUUCUCCUGGCUUCAAGAAGCUGUCAGAAAGAAACACGGAACGAGAACUGGUCGGCACCCUAUCACUGGCUGGAAGGGAGGGUUCCUGCGAGCUUUCCCGUCUCUGGAACCACCAUUCCGACAGAUGGAAAUACCUCUUCCUGUUUUUGACUUCAGGCUGCCAAAUGACGAAUCCGUCCGACGCUUGCACGUGCCUCGCGUGGCUACUCGCAUCUACCGAACCCUCUACCAGUUUGUUUACACGUGGGCGUACAACUUCUACCACAAAACGGCUGACUCAGACCCUGUCUCCACUCUAGAGAACGCAAGAGGCUGUCUGCGACUGGACUACGCGUUCCUGACGUCGCCCUUUUCUCAACUGACCCUAAAUGCGGAAGCUACAUCCCUGAUGGACCUAUUCGAUUACCUGGCAAUUCGGCCCGCUUUCGGGGCCUUCAUGCAGUUGUCCCUGAAUGGAAGUUUCUGGAUUCACGAGGCGCCACUAUUCAGCGCAGAGAAGUUGUUCUUCAUUUACUACGCCCUGGGAUACUGCGAAUACAAUAAUCCGAUGUACUUAGACAAGUCUAUGAGGCAAUCUCACGAGAGCCCCGCUUGGUAUAAGGUGAAUGGACCACUCCGGCAUUUCGAUGGCUUCGCGAAAGCUUUUAACUGUACCAAAGGAACGUUCAUGAAUCCGCUUCAUAAGUGUUUGUAG